AUACUCGAGGAGUCUAAGGGUGGACGAGAGUGAGAGCUUGACACUUGACAGCAUAAGACACUCUUUGAUCCGUCAAGAGGACAGCAUCAUCUUCAACCUUCUCGAGCGAGCUCAGUACCGCUACAACCCUGACACAUACGACGAAGAUGCUUUUGCUAUGGAAGGGUUUCAAGGAUCUUUGGUCGAGUUUAUGGUCAGAGAGACUGAACAGCUCCACGCUAAGGUGGACAGGUACAAGAGUCCAGAUGAACAUCCUUUUUUCCCACAGUGCUUGCCUGACCCAAUCCUUCCCCCUAUUCAAUACCCACAGGUUCUGCAUCACUGUGCUGAUUCUAUAAACAUCAACAAGAAGGUGUGGAACAUGUAUUUCAAACACCUCCUUCCAAGGCUGGUCAAUCCAGGGGACGAUGGUAACUGCGGUUCAGCUGCUGUCUGUGACACGAUGUGUUUGCAGAUACUUUCAAAGAGAAUCCACUUCGGUAAAUUUGUUGCCGAGGCCAAGUUUCUUGAGAAUCCAGCUACCUACGAAACUGCCAUCCGUGAACAAGACCGGACACAACUGCUGAGGCUUCUGACUUACGAAACAGUUGAAGAAGUAAUCAAGAAAAGAGUUGAGAUCAAAGCCAGGAUUUUCGGUCAAGACAUAACAACAAUCAACGAUACAGAGACUGAUCCUUCGUACAAAAUCAACCCUAGCUUGGUUGCUAAACUCUAUGGAGAAAGAAUCAUGCCCCUCACUAAGGAAGUCCAAAUUGAGUACUUGCUUAGGAGGCUUGAUUGAUUGAAACCAUUUUUUUGUAUUUUUGAUCUUUUUAACUUUUAUGAAACUGUAAUGUGACAUAAGCAGCUCAAGCUGAGUUUUAUUACAGGUUUAAACAGAGAAUUAAAAAAAAAAACAAAUGAACUAAUCUGAGAAUAAUUAAGAAAAAAUAAAAUAAAAAUUCUUUCUGA